UGUGUCUAUAAAUUCCUAAGUUAAAGAAAGUAAAAUCAGCAUCAUCAUCCCUGGUGGGAGAGAUACACCUAAUAUUUUUUUGGUUAUCAAUUUCCUUUACCUUUUUAUUGAUUUUUUUGAUAUGCUAGUUAAUAACUUGUCAACAGAAAUGGUAAAACAUGGAUAAAUGGAGUGUAGUUCAGGAGGAGACUAAAGCUUACGGAUGAUGUGAGAUGGUUUGUUAGGGUUAUUACACUAAAACAGCAUUAAACAGCAGUGCCGUAACAGGCCUUAAAAUAUUGGGUCCAAAAUCUUGAGACUCCCGCCUAAUGCGGAAGAGUUGACAGGUAUGCGACAUGAAUGCAAAAAAGCGAAGGACUAAAGCAAAGAUUGUUCUUAUCUUGUGUCAAAUAUACUUCAGUGGUUUAUAUCACGAGUAUGAAAGUUGUGGUUGUUGUCCUAAACAGGACUUAUUUUUGCAGAAAUUUUGUCCAAGACAAAGUCUGGGUAACAGAUCCUAGGUGGUACCCCUAUACCCAAACAGGGGCUGCGUAAUCCCCCCCCCUCGAGGAGAAUUUUCAAGUAUGGUCUCAGCUCACAUUAUAUUAUAAUACAGUGAUUGUAUAUAAUUUCAGGUUGUAACAUUUCUUCGCGAAGAAAGUCAAGCUGACGAUUCUAUAAUCCAAAAAUUUCUGUUGGAAAAGGUUGAUGACAAAACUGUUACAUUGCUAAGCCACGAGGAUCUUAAGACUUUAGGUAUUGACUGUCUUGGGGACAGAUUAUUAAUCAUUAACCAUUUCAAAAACUCUGUUCGUGAAGAAAAAUUGGAACGUGUGCGGUCCCUCUUAGAUGCAAGCAAAAAAAGAAAGCAGAAAAGUACUAAUAAUGCCUCAACAAGUAAGAAUGCUCCCACUCUGACGUACUACUUUGGGUGGAAGCACUGGAAUGAGUCUAGAAAGGAGUAUAUCCAGAAAAAGACAAAUAAUGGUGGGGGAUCCAGAGAGUGCAAAUUACCAAGGAAUGCUUCCAAAGAAGAAUGUUUGUCGAAAGCGAAAGAGAUUUUCUUUCCUGAGGGUGAGAGUCCGGAAGGCCGUCAAGAGCUUAUGACUUUUAAGCUCACAGGAAUUGAGAAGGAAAUUGAUGAUGAUUUCAAGUACGAAGACUACAAGAGAGACACGGGUCUUUCAAGGCCAAGGCUGUUCUUGUGCAGUCGUCGACGUAUCAGCUGCGGCAAAGCAAACAACCUAGAAGACAGUGACAGUGACAGUGAUCUUCUUAAAUCAGUAUUUGAUAGUGGCUAUGCAGACUCUGAAGCAGGACCUUCUUUUGAAUUUGACAAGGCAGCUCUCGCGGACAUACUAGGGACAAGUAGAGAAGACAACCAAAGUGAAUUGAUCGGCACAUCUGAGGAGAGAAAAGCCAAUUUCAAGGAACAGCUAGAACAGUUAGAGGAAUCAAGCAAAAUAGACAAGGAAAAAGAUCGUCUUCGUCUAGAAGAAGAGCAGGAACUAACCAAGCAAGAAGAAAUACGCCAAAAAAGAAGACGGCGAGUGCUUGAUGAACCCGCCCCUGGGGAUCAGUCGGUAGAGGUACGUAUACGACAUCCUCGCAUGGGAGUCUUAAAGAGAAGGUUUUACUUACGAUCAAGUGUACAAGCCGUCUAUGAUUGGGCAGGGUCGGUUAGUGCAACGCCUUUGUACUUUCAGCUAUGCAAGUAUCCAAACACUGUUAUUUAUCCUUCCGAUGAAAUAUCACAAGCAUGCAAUGAAAUCCUUAAUGUGGUUUCAAGAGGACAGCCCGUGCCUCUUUCGGUCGAAGAGGAUUCUGUGACCAUCAAUGACGGGCGAAAGCUCUACAUCGAUAUCGAUAUGGAUGACACAAUACCAGAUGCUCUUCAUAUCGGGCUAUCUGAUACACCACCACAAAUGCUGUUGGAAGACGACGAACCAAUGACGGAAGAAGAAGCCAUUGCCCUUACCCAUUACAACGUCUUAAACAAAAAAAGACAAGAAGAAUUGACCAAGUACCUCAAAACAAAUAUUGUGGAAAUAGAUAAAGAUCACAUUGUUGAAGAGAUUCUGAAACUAUACAAAGACACGUCGCUACUGCAAAACUACUUAGAAAUUGAAUGUGGACUGACUGCCACAGGCGAUGGAGUGCUCAGAGAAAUGCUCACGAGUUUUUGGGAGAAAUUCCUGAUGCGAAAUGGCGAAGGAAGUAGAGAAAUACCCCUUCCACUUGACCCAAGCAUUGCACGCGAAACGUAUGAAAUACUUGGAAGAAUUUAUCAUCAUGGAUUUAUGCUAACGGGAAGCUUUCCUGUUACAAUUCCCAGGGCGUCUAUCCAUUACGCCCUGUUUGAUUGCGUUAAGGAUGAAUGCCUUGAAGAGUCGUUCCUGAACACUCUCCCUGCCAAGCAACGCGAAACACUUUCCGCUGCUCUUUCCAGCAAAUCAGCUGCAUCAUUCCCUGAUAAAAUUGUGUGCGAUAUUCUUGAAGAUUAUGGCAACAUGAGAUGGCCGUCCCAAGAGAACAUAUGUUCUAUUGUCAAGGAUGUUGCCGUACAUGAGUUGGUUGCUAAGCCUGCAAUGGCUUUGCAGCAGUUUCGAAGUGGAAUGGGAGAGUUUUGAAAGGAUGUGCCACCGCAGGAAAUUGAUGCAGUGUACAAGCUGUCUCAGCCAACCUCACGUAGAGUCAAGGCAGACCUUAGAGGUAAUCCUCUAACCAAGAAGGAAGAGUCUGUACUGAGAUGGCUGAAGUUGUUCAUUGAUGAGUGUGGCGAUAAGAUGCUACGGAGGUUUCUGGUUUUUUGCACGGCAUCAGAUAGCCUAGCGCCCGAUAAAACUAUUCAAGUUCGCUUCGAGUCAAUGCCAAGUGCAGCAAUCAGACCGAAGGCGCAGAUAUGUUUCCGAAUCCUGAUCCUGCCAACCAAUUUCUGUGGCUAUGCAGCAUUUCAGGCCAACAUGGACAUAUACCUGACUUACAGAGACGCAUGGGAAAUGAAAGACUAUUAAAGUUGAACGGAAUUCAUAUAUAUUUCUUACAGUUCUGUUUAGUUUAGUUUAGUUUAUUGGCUUUGUCACACAAAAAAAAAUACUACGGUUUACAAUAGGAAAUAAACAAAAUAAAGAAAAUAAGAAACAAUGUGACGGGAGAAGAAAACAGGGCGUAAGCCCCAAUUGAAAUUCUUUCCCAACAAAUUACAAACAAUAAGAAUUCUAAAACGAAAAUAAAAAUUGAAUUACAUAAA